CUCUCGCUCGAGCGCAACUGUUGCAACGUUCUAGACUUUUUGUCAUCACCUUUAUUUUUUGGUUUGACAUUUUUGUCUGUAUCAGCAAAGUCGCCUUGGCUACCCAAAACCCUCCGUGUUUGGAGCAAAGUUCACCUCUGUGAGAAGACAGAUUGAGAUGGAGCCUUGAAGAAGAGUUUACCGCAAGCCUUUCUGGAAACGGGAGGAAUUAUCGGCGAACUGAAGAACGGGACCAUAGAUUCUCUCUGCUGAGGGUGGAUGUAGUAGAACAUGAAUGCUUUGGGGACCCCAACAAAAGCAAGCAAUGGGGUGGCCAGAUCGGACAGCAAGAUCAGUGCCAAAACCCUGUUCGAGCAACGAAAGAAGUACUCAAACUCGAACGUCAUCAUGCAAGAGACGUCACAAUAUCAUGUGCAGCACCUGUCUACGUUCAUCAUGGAUAAAUCUGAGUCCAUUGCUACAGUAGACGACGCAAUUAAGAAGCUGAAGCUGCUGGACUCCAAAGACAAAAUCUGGACACAGGAAAUGCUGCUGCAGGUGACGGACAAAUCCAUCAAACUCCUGGACUCCGAAACCAAGGAAGAGCUUGAAAUCUUUCCUCUGGCCACAGUCCAUCACUGUCAGACGCUGUUGAACCAGACCAGAUAUCCAUCCAUCCUUCUGCUCGUCUGUCAGGACAGUGAACAACACAAACCAGACAUUCACUUCUUCUACUGCGACGAAGUGGAGGCAGAGAUGGUGCACGCUGACAUUGAUAGCGCUCUGGGAGACAACACAUGCGGCAAGAAGAUGCGACCGCAGACGCUAAAAAUGAACCAAGAAAAGAUGAAACACCACCGGGAGAGCAUCAUCCCGGCCUCUGAGCCUAGAAGUCCUGGCCCUGGGGUCAAAGGUCGCGUAGCAGCUACAGACAUGAAAGAUGAAUUGUCGAUGCAGGACCCCGAGUCCAAUAUGAAACUGGCCCAACGGAUCGAGAAGGACGUGCAAAUCCUGAACUGCGCUCUAGAUGACAUCGAGAUCUUUGUUGCACGUCUUCAUAAAGUGGCAGAGGCUUUUGCGCAACUUAACCAGCGCAACAGGAGCAAGAAAAACAAGAAAAGAGGCCCGGCAGAGGGAAUGCUAACGCUACGAGCUAAACCUCCAUCAGAAGGCGAGUUUAUCGACUGUCUUCAGAAGCUGAAACUCUCUUUCAAUCUGCUGGCCAAACUGAAGAAACACAUCCAGAACCCCAGCGCUGCAGAGCUCGUGCACUUCCUGUUUGGACCUCUGGAACUGAUAUUGCAGAGUUGUGGCAGUCCUGAGCUGCCGCGUGUGGUCAUCUCUCCUCACCUGUCCCGGGACGCAGUGGACUUCCUGAGAGGACACCUGACUCCCAAAGAGAUGACCAUCUUUGAGCUGCUGGGAGACUGUUGGACACGGCCCAGAGCUGAUUGGCCGAAAGAUCAGUGCGCUCCUCUCUAUGUCCCAAAGUUCCGGAACGGCUGGGAGCCGCCGGUGGAACUGUUCCGCUCGUCACCGUGGGAGACGGAGAGCGCCGGUGCACCGGUGCAGACAGAAUACAGACCGAAAGAGUUCUUUGGAUCGCAGUCAUCGCUCUCUUCAAACGGGUCUUUCUCGACGUCUCCUGCUUCUCGCAAGUAUGCAAAGAUCCGCUACCACUUUGUGGCACGUAAUGCAAACGAGCUGUCGGUGCUUCAGGAUGAAGUUCUGGAGGUGUUGGAGGAUGAUAAGCAGUGGUGGAAGUUGAGGAACCGAAGCGGACAGGCGGGAUAUGUGCCCUAUAAUAUCCUGGAUGUGGUAAAACUGGAGGAUCCUCAUGCUUUUAUUGACCCGCCAUACAGUCCAGGAGCACCUUAUAGUCCGUCAUACCGAGGACAGUCGCCCUCCAGCUCACUGGGCAGUGACAAAGACAAAAGUCACUCUCAACAGAUGGACAAAGUGAACGAUGAGCUGCUCAUGUUGAUCACCGGUAAUAAGAUUCAACAGCCUGCGAGGAACUUUAAAGUGGUGCGUCAGUCUGCUGUUCCGCUGACCUUUGACUCCAACCUGGCCGAGGUCACCAACUGGCUCAAUGCCAAGGGCUUCUCCAAACCGACGGUGGAGCGUCUGGGAAUCCUGACCGGCGCUCAGCUCUUCUCUCUGAAUAAAGAUAACCUGAAGGCUGUGUGUGGAGACGAGGGAUCUCGCGUCUACAGCCAGAUCACCGUCCAGAAAUCACAACUAGAGAAGAGUCGAGGAGAUUCGGAACUGCAGGAGAUUCUGAUUAAACAGCAAGAGAAAAUUGCAUCUACCUAAAUGCUCACAUGGACUGUCAAUCAAACGGUCACCUGGCAACAGUAACCAUCAACUAAUUUAUCCACACACAUUAUCUUGUUCAUGCUGGAAAAUAGUUGUAAGCUUAUACGACUCUCUAGUGCAUGGAAACAAUAUAUCGGUGAGUCUCAUGAAAACAUGUACAGGUCACGCUUCAAAAUAAGAAAAAUUAAACCAUGAUAAAAAUAAAGACUAUUUUAGGACCAUUAAUGUUUUUUGUUGUUUUUGAAUGUCAUUUUAACCACCAUUGCUCAAAGUAACAUUUUUACGUAAUUUUCAAUAAAGAUUAAUAAUAAUAAUAAAAAAAAAAGUAGGGGAAAAAAAUAAUCAGCAUAAAUGAAAAUCAGUACAAUGACUUUUCACCUCAAAAACAAAAGGAUUAUUAUAGAAAUAGACUAUUUUAGGAUCAUUAACAUUUUUGCGUCAUUUGUCAAUUUCUCAAAGUACUGCAGCCAUUUUCUUGAGUUUUUGUAAUUCUCAAUGGAUUCAUUCAAAAAUACAUAAACAAUAUCAGUAUAAAUGAAAAGCAAUACAACAAUUUCUAUCAUGUAUUCAUGUUUUACAAUUAAAAAACAAUCACAUUACAGUAAUUCAAAAAAGUUUUAAAGUUGGUGAAAUUCAAAACAGUGCAACAAAUGUAAUGUAAUUUAAGCAAAAUAAACAAUAUUUCUUGUGAUUAUAUGUGAACCGUACAUGUUUUACAGGUGAGAUUCACCCGUGUCCAUAAGAUUGAGCGGAGUGAAUGUUUUCUGGGGUUUGAUGUAUGAUUGCAUCUGUGACGUUGGUUUUUGAAAGAAAGUAAAUGUAAAUAAUGUGCUAAAUUCAGUCUCAUCACACGUUCUGAUGCUGAUCGUUAUGACGAAUGAAUGACGCGAGAACAGUAGAUAUAUCAGCUGGAUUUCAUGCAUGUCUUUCCUUCGUCAACACUGUAUACGGAACAAGUGUUUUAAUUUGUAUAAAGGGCAUUUAGAGAUUUUGAUCCUUCAGUAUGUGGUUCAAUCACAAUAGAGACACUUGAAAAAGACACACAGAUGAGGUUUAAUCAGUUUAAUUGGUUACCAGUAGUAGGAAAUCAUGUCAUAUAAAACCAGAAGUACAACCUCUUAGUAUUAUCCUGCUAGUUUCUCCAAAUGUUAUUUAUAAAAACAAAAUCACUGUUGUAAAUUUAAGAAAUAAAGUGACUGCUAAAAGACUGUGCCUCAGAAAUUAUCCUCAAAAUAUUCAAUGCAUCUAGCAACUAUGCAAAUUUAAAUUUCAGCGAUUGUAAUCCAGCAAUCACACGACUUUCAGGAACAAUCAAGCAUGUUCAUGCACCUUCAGAUACAUUCUUUAUUAGGAGCAAGACCCACAUCUCUCUGAUCAGUCUCUUUAAAACACAUUCAAAGUGCCACAAUUACCCUUUAAAUAUCAAAAACAAAAGUGCUACGCAUCAUUUUAGCAAUCUGAUUGACUGGUCUUUUAGUUAGGAGACUUUUUAAUGUCUAGUCUGCGACAUGCUCUCUCUGAUUUGUAGAUUCUGCUCAGCUUUUCAUAAAAAAAAAAAAAAA